GAUCCUGGCAAUUUGAAACUCAGAAGGCUGGAGCCAAGAUGGUGAAGACCUGGGCCAUCCCGUGCUCUCGGACACCUUGAAGAUGUUUUACUGGAAGACCAACUUGGAAGCCCUUUGGAGGAUUUCCAAUCUCACCCCCUUUACCCAGAAGCACCUGAAGAAGGUCUACGCCAGCCUUGCCCUCUGCAUGCUGGUGGCAGCCACGGGUGCCCACCUGAAUGUGGCGGCCCACCUCUUCGAGGCCGGCUUUCUCUCAGCGCUGAGCUCCUUUGUGAUUCUCUUCUGGCUGCUGAUCACCCCCCACCGAGAUGACACGGAGCCCAAGAGAUUGCUCCUGCUGGGGGGCUUCGCUUUCCUCAUCGGGGUCGGGCUGGGCCCUGAGCUGGACUCCUGCAUCGACACUGACCCCAACAUCGUCCCUUCCUCCUUCAUGGGCACAGUGAUGACCUUCAGCUCCUUCACCCUGAACGCCUUCUACGGCCGCUGCCUCGGCUGUCUCUGCCUGGGGGGCAUCCUGCUGUCCGCCCUCACCCUAUUGCUCGUCUCUUACCUGGGGAACCUCUUCUUCCUGUCCAGCUGGCUCUCCCAAGCCAACAUGUACAUCGGACUGGCAUUUCUGUGCGGACUAGUGAUCUUCGACACGCAGCUCAUCAUCGAGAAGGCAGAGAGAAAGGACGAAGACUACAUUUGGCACUGCAUGGACCUGUUCCUGGACUUUGUUACCCUCUUCAGGAAAUUCAUGGCUUGUGAAGAGAGACCCUUUAGGAUCUCAGACUCUGCAUGAAGCAAACAUUGGUGAUGGAUUAAGUAAUACUUCACAAGCCUCUCUUCUAUGCAGCAGCUCUGAAGGACAGAAUAUCUGAGGUAUUCUCAAGACACACAAGACUCGAUUGCAAAAAGGAAGAAAGAAAGGAAGGAAGGAAGGAAAAAGGAAAGAAAAGGAAGAAAGGAGAGAAAGAAAGAAAGAAAAGAAAAGAAAGAAUUUGUCCAUCCAUGAUUCAUUUUGGAAUUCAGUCUUGUAUUCAAAAGUAAAUCUUCAUCUGAUGUCUAAUUGUGGUCUUGAAAGAGACAGAAUUCUGGUGCCUUGAUGAUGGAGUAGGAUUCUUAUUGGGCUUCAAGGACAGACCCAAUGAUAAGAAGGUGAGAUUGUUUAGACGAAUAACUUGAAGAGAGAUGGGAGAGCACAAAUUGGACAUGAAUAAGCUACAGCAUAUGACCCAAAUAGAUUUUUUUCAACAGAAGCAGCAUGAAGGACAUCUGAGAGAGAGAUAUUACUGGGAAUGCAAGAGCUUCAACCAGAUAGCUAAAACAAAGGAUGACCAAUGGAUAGCCUUGCUCCUCUGGUAUAGUACCGAUGUCAAAAGAAUCAUAGACAUGGCUUGAGUACAUGGACCAGAUUUCUGUGAGAAAUUCGUCAGGAGACAAGGAAAAAGUAUUCCAUAAUUUGAGAGAGGAUAGAUUUGCAAUAUGGAACUACCACUAAAUUAAUGAACUCACUGCCCCAAAGACAUUGUUUCUCUGAAUAAAAAGGUUGCAAGAAAGGAAGAGAGAAUGGCAGUAUUGGAUGCCAUCAGCUUCCUAUAUGUGAUGGAAGAUACACAUGUUCAAAACUCGAAUGUGGUUCCUUCCCUCUUUUCUUUUCAGUGGUUUCCUCCCAGAACUUUCUGAAAACAAGAACAGGAGCCUUUACUCAACAUGUAGUGGUCAUCCUGGGAAAACUUCUGAAUCAAUAAGGUUAUUCUGUGAGUAAGGAUCAAAUAGAGGAUUACACAAAAACACAUUUAAUAUCU